GAACCGCAGCUGUUCUCUUUACAAAGACAGUAAAAGUCGGGGCUCCAUCCACUCUGAGGAUACACUGAACUCAGCAGCCUGCCCUCGCUGCGCUCCGAGCCGCUUCAGUCGCCAGGGAAUUUGACUCGGACAACCCCCGAAUAUUUUUCAGCAGUCUACCCUGCCGUCUGCUGGCUGGAAGCCGCGGGAAUCUCCACUGAAGUUACGGUACGUACGGGCGGCGGACCGCCGCGUCUCCCGCCACCCCGUGCGAGGUGAGGCAGGAAGUGUCUGAACGCGCUCUCCGCAGAUUCGUAACGAGCGCGGCUGGGAACUCAUGCUUUUUGACGCGACUUGAAGCGCAGAUGAGCGGGAUGUCAGUCGGACCCGACGCUGUGUUCACGGGUGGAAAAUGACUGCAAGCGUCGGCGAGCUUUCCACGAUGGUGAGGAGAUGCCCUGUCACUUUCAAACCGUUCAGGAUCUUCGUAGUCGGGGUCGGCUUCUUCAGCCUGUGCUUUCUAAUGACCUCUCUCGGGGGCCAGUUCUCGGCGAAGCGGCUCGGAGACUCCCCGUUCACCACGCGAGCUGAAGUUCUCAGUGGCCAGGAAUCUCGAGGGGUUUUGAGGAAAAUCAGCGACAUGCUGGAGAUGAUUAUGAAAAGGAUGGAUGCCUUGUCAAAGUUGGGGAACGCCACUGACACCCACAGGCUGGAUGAACUCAGCUUGGCCUUGGACAGGAUUCAGCCGAUGGGGCUGGUGGAGCGGAUCCAGGCCAUAGCCCAGAACAUGUCCGACAUGGCGCUGCGGGUGGAGCAGAUCCUGCAGCGCAGCGUGGCCAACAGCCGAGGUAAAGAUGGAGUCUUUGGCUCCUGUGAAACUCCCAAGGAUCCCCAUUACCCAGACUGCACCAGCAAGAUGGAUUGGAUGCGUGCUCGUUGGACCUCGGACCCCUGCUAUGCGUUUUAUGGCGUCGACGGCUCCGACUGCUCCUUCCUCAUCUACUUAAGCGAGGUGGAGUGGUUCUGUCCCCCGCUGCCCUGGAGGAACCAAACUGCGACACCUACUCUGAAGCCUCUUCCCAAAAGACAGGUACCAAAAAAAAGAAUAAACUUCUAGAUCAUUAGUUUUAUU